AUGGAGGUGCUCUUGACAAGCUACAGGGAUAUCAACUUCGAUCAAGAUAUGCCGCCGUACAUGAGAGUGGUCAUAGACGUCCUGCUCGAUACGAGGCGUGAGCUACUGGAUGUGAUCAAAAGAAGUGAUGCAAUUCUCGAGGAAAAUCGGAAAUUAAGGGAAGAGAAUUUUGCUUUGAAAUCUCAAAUUGAAGAUUUACUUACUUCUAAGGGAAUUCACUCUGGUCAUGUCACCUUGAACUCGUCUACUCAGGCUUUCAAUAAGAGUACUGAACCGUUCAGUCCUAGUGUUCCUGAUGAUACUGAACUUAAACGUUCUAUUAUCAUUUCUGGUGUUCCUGAGAGCAACUCU